GAAUAAUUCGGAGUCAACAUGUAUCGACAAUUCGGGCUGCUAAUCGCCACCUGCAUCGCCGUAAGCUAUGGCAUCAGUAGCAUAUCCCAGCCGCUACGUCCGUGGUGGAACGACGCUCCCUCUACUGGUCGCGUUGUUGGAGGCUACGAAGUCGACAUCCUGGACGUGCCGUUCCAGGUUUCCGUUGCCAACGAUUACGGACACUUCUGCGGUGGCACGAUCAUUGGAGAGCGUUGGAUUCUAACUGCCGGACAUUGUGUGGAUGAGGACUCAUAUGUUGCGCUGAUGGUUCGUGUUGGCUCCUCCCGGCGAUCCAACGAUGGACAAUUGUUGAAGGUUAAGCGUGUGGUGCGACAUCCGCUAUAUGACAGUUGGACCAUUGAUUAUGACUAUGCGCUGCUUGAGCUGGAGGAAGCGAUAGAACUGAACGAAAAGUUCUACGCUGCUGAGCUACCUGAAGAAAAUGAACCUGUUGCAGAUGGUACUCUGCUGCAAGUUUCCGGGUGGGGCCAAACAUUGAACUCCCUCGAAUCCAACGAAGUGCUCAGAGCUGCCUAUGUCCCGUCGGUGAGCCAAGAGAGCUGUGCUAGGGCAUAUGCGUCCUCGGGAUUGAUAACCGAACGGAUGCUAUGCGCCGGAUAUGAGAAAGGAGGCAAGGAUUCUUGCCAGGGAGAUUCCGGUGGACCCCUGGUGGAGGGCACAAAGCUGGUUGGCGUUGUAUCCUGGGGAAUGGGAUGUGCUCUGGAAGGUUUUCCAGGAGUCUACGCUCGAGUUGCAGUCGCUCGUAAUUGGAUAAGACAACAUAGCGGUCUAUAAAUUGUGUAUAUGACAUGUGUGUGUUUUGUAACGACUCAAUGUAAUAAAUAAUCAGCAGCAGUAUAGCAGAAAUGCUAACAAA